ACUAAUAAUGUGGUAUGGAGUUCGCUAGCGCCCUCACUCUUUCCUGUCUCUCUACUGUAACUAACAAUGCCCAUUUACCUAUCGCCUCCUCCUCCCAUCCCCUUCUCCAAACCCCUCAACGCCCACCUCCUUACUUUGCCCCGACUCCCCUCUCCUCGAUGCGCCCUCCCCUCUCAAAACCCUAGAAAACCCCUCAAGGGAACCCACCCCCCGCAAGCCACUCCCACCCCGCAAACCGUCAGCCAGUCCGCCAUCCAAAGAAUCUCCGAGAAGCUCCGCAGCCUUGGCUUCCUCGAGCAACAUCCGCCUUCCUCCGCCGACGAUCGCCCCACCACCGGCCCCGGAUCCGCUGGCGAGAUCUUUAUCCCCACCCCUCGGGAAAUACUCACGCAUCGCGUCGGUUACACUAUCGAUUCGAGCUGGAGCACCCCGGAGCACCCGGUUCCUCAGCCAGGGUCCGGGGUCACCAUCAAUCGGUUUCACCACCUUUGGACGAGGGAUAAGGUGAGGAAGGCGGAGGCCAGGGCUAGGAAGGAUGCGGAACCACCACCGACUGUAGCAGAGUUGACCAUACCGCCAGAGGAGCUGAAGAGGCUGAGGAGGGAGGGAGUGCGGUUGGAGAAGCGAUUGAAGAUAGGAAAGGCUGGAAUCACUGAGGGGAUUGUAAAUGGGAUCCAUGAGCGAUGGCGGCGGUCAGAGCUGGUGAAGAUUAAGUGCGAGGACUUGUGCCGGAUGAAUAUGAAGAGAACUCAUGAGAUUUUGGAGAGAAAAACUGGAGGUUUGGUGGUCUGGAGAUCUGGAAGUAUAAUCAUCUUGUACAGAGGGGUAGAUUACAAAUACCCUUGCUACUUUCAUGAAGACAAGGACAAAAUAUUUAAUGAAACUUCUUUAUCAUCUGGCAUGCAUAAUGAACCAACCAAUUCACAAGAGGCUAGCUUGCUACCGAUGCUUUCCGCAGAUUCAUCUACUGAGUCACCUGCUAGUCAGUCUCGAUCCUCUUUCAUUGUGGGAGUUGGUUCUUCUAAGAAGGUGCAUCAGAAAAUUGAAGGAGAACUUCAACUUGAAGAAGAAGCUGACAGAUUGUUAGAUGGGUUAGGCCCACGUUUUAGUGAUUGGUGGGGAUGUGACCCUUUGCCCAUUGAUGCUGAUUUAUUGCCAGCUGUUGUCCCUGGUUUUCGCAAGCCUUUUCGGCUUCUUCCAUUUGGCAUAAAGCCCAAGCUAACAGAUCGAGAAAUGACCAUAUUGAAGAGGCUUGGGCGUCCUUUACCGUGCCACUUUGCAUUAGGGAGGAACACAAAUCUUCAAGGAUUGGCUGUUUCUAUGAUGAAACUAUGGGAAAAAUGUGAGAUUGCCAAAAUUGCUAUUAAAAGGGGUGUUCAAAAUACAAAUAGUGUUAUGAUGGCUGAGGAAUUAAAGCAAUUGACUGGAGGGACUCUCCUAUCAAGGGAUAGGGAAUUCUUUGUGUUCUAUAGAGGAAAGGAUUUCCUUCCACUGGUAGUCUCUUCUGCAAUAGAAGAACGAAGAAAUAAAGGGAAUAACAGGCCAAAGAGAAUUACAAAUGAAAAUCUUGUUGAAGCCCUGGUGGUUUCUGAACCAACAUCAUCACCAAUUUCCCCUCCAGAAGAACUAAAAAAGGGGUCUGAGCAGAAACAAAAGUUUGCCCUUGAAGGGACGAAUUCUGAAAAUUUUGCUCUCCAGAGAAUAGAGAACAGAUUAUCCCAGGCCAUUGUGAAAGUGGAAAUGUCAAGAAAGAGACUUGCUGAACUUGAAACCUCAGUUAAACCUAAAGAAACAGCACUCGAUAAAGAGGCUAUAUCAGAAGAAGAGAGAUACAUGCUCAGAAAAGUUGGUUUGAGGAUGAAUGCAUUUCUUCUACUAGGAAGAAGAGGAGUUUUUGAUGGAACAGUUGAGAAUAUGCACCUUCACUGGAAAUAUCGUGAACUUGUGAAAAUAAUUUCUAAAGAUCAUUCCAUUAAAACUGCUGAAGCAACUGCUAGAUUGUUAGAGGCUGAAAGUGGUGGUAUACUAGUGGCUGUUGAGCGAGUGAGCAAAGGGUAUGCCAUAAUUAUAUAUCGUGGCAAGAAUUAUCGAAGGCCUGUGAUCCUGAGACCAACUACUUUGCCAAACAAAAGGGUAGCAAUGAAGCGUUCCUUGGAGGCCCAGCGUUGUGAAUCACUGAAGUUACAUGUUCUAAAAUUUUCAAAAAAAUUAAGUCAGGUGAGCAAUCAGACGGUGAAGGAUGAUUCAUAUGUUGAUUCUACUGUAGAACAUGUGUGUGGGUUAAUGAAUGACAUAGUUGCAAAUGACUCUUGGAUUAUGAAAGGGCAGAAUGAUCAGUCUUCAGGUUCCAUGCAGGAUAAGUUGGUAGUCCUAAAAGAUGGGGAUGAAUGUUCCAAAUUGGAAGUUGCAAUACCAUCUUCAGCAGUUGUUGAUGAGAAUAAUUUGGCGAAACAGGCAUAUGAAGUUCCUUCUGAAACGUCCACAACUAUAGUUGAGGAUAAGUCGGUAGCUCUAAAAGAUGGGGAUAAAUGUUCUGAUUCAAAAGUUGCAGUAACAUCCUCAAUGGUAGUUGAGGAUGAGUUUGCAGUAAAAGAUGGGGAUAAAUGUUCUGAUUCAAAAGUUGCAGUAACAUCCUCAAUGGUAGUUGAGGAUGAGUUUGCAAAACACUCAUAUGAGGUUCCUUCUGAAGCAUCACCCGUUGAUGAGAAUGAGUUGGCAAAAGAGUCUUAUGACGUUCCUUUCAAAGCUGCACCUCUAUCAAAUCGAGAAAGACUUAUUCUACGUAAACAAGCUCUCAAGAUGAAAAAGCGUCCCAUUUUAGCCAUAGGAAGGAACAACAUUGUUUCAGGUGUUGCAAAAACAAUUAGAACACAUUUCAGGAAGCAUCCUCUUGCUAUUGUGAAUAUCAAGGGAAGAGCAGAGGGUACUUCUGUACAAGAGUUGAUAUUUGAACUGGAGCAAUCAACUGGGGCAGUUCUUGUAUCAAGAGAACCAAAUAAGGUGAUAUUAUACAGAGGGUGGGGAGACUGUGAGGCACCUGGCGGGAAGGGUAAAAAUGCCGAGAGAUGCUCAUCAGGAGUCAAGGACAUUGUUUCUCCUCAACUUUUGGAAGCCAUUAAGCUUGAAUGUGGAUUGCAAACUUCCACAUGAAGCAGGGUUUACGUUAUACAGGCAAUUCAUGCCAUCAACUUUCUAUGGGUACAUUACCUUGUACUAUAUUUCAUCUGUUUAUCCUUUUUUCACAUGCAUUGCACAUGUAUCUGAUUUAGUAUUAUUGGUACUAAAAUAAUUUGUAAACCUUAGUUUUUAGUAGAAUAAAUUCUAUUUUGCUCU